AUGCUGCCUUGCCUCGCCCUGCUUUUCCUGAUGGAGCUGUUCGUGUGCACUGUGGCAGGUGAUGGUGGAGAGGAACAGACACUCAGCACUGAAGCAGAGACCUGGAUAACUGUGGCCUUAGAGGGAGGCGCUGUCCCCAGCGUUCAGCUCCAGCUGCGGGAGGUGAAGAGGGGCAAGGCGAGCCAGUUCUUUGGGCUGAUGGGGAAGCGAGUGGGAGGAAGACCUCUGAUCCGGCCAGGGAGGAAAAAAGUGUAUCAGCUGGAACACACACUCCAGGGCCUCCUAGGCAAGAGAAGCCCAUCCACAGAAGGCAGAGAGGAUGAGGCCCAAGGCUCAGAGUAAAAGCCCCCACCGCAGACUUCCCAGAGGACGUGGUGCCACUUCUUCCUACCUGGAUGUCACAGCUGACCAGCCGGCAGGCCAGCUCUCUUCUCCGUGUCUCCUGUCAUCGCUGGCACCUCACAUGAGGCCCACACUGAACCCACUGGGCUUCUUCCUGGACUCACGGUGUCAGGCAGCAGUCCUGCAUAAAUGGACGGUCUUCACUGUUGCAAGCUGCAAUUGACUCUGCCUUCCCUCACACUCACUGCCCAGCAGUGGGGAGACUCGCAUACUCUGUAUCCCUUGCCUAGCACACAGUAGGUACUCAAUAAAUAAGUG